AUGGCCCAGCAGGGGAGUAACGUCCGUCUCAAUAUCGCACGUAUGAGACUUGCCUAUUGGAGGGUGAUGAUGAUCACACACGUCAGUCUCUGGGCUGGUCUCCGAACUUGCUCCCAGAGAGAUUAUGACCUCAUCCACAGCUGUUCUGUCGACUUCGUCGGAUAUGACAAUACAAGCUUCCUCAUGAAGAUCGUUCAUCAACUUCACCCGGAUAGCCUCACACCGACAACCUAUUGGACGAGACGCUGUGACCUCGCUUGCAGACAAAUGGUUCUCGGUAAUGGAGCACAGUCCCCAGGAGUAUUCACGGCGAUCCGUAUCCCCGAAGAGUGCCCAGGUGUGUCAAGCGGCACCACAGGCUUCCUGUGGUCUAUCCCGAGCAAGAUGAAGUUCAUCGAAGGGCCGUCAAAUGCCAUCAUCAUCCACGAUUGCACCGCUAGUCCAGAGGGCACACUCCAGCUUAUACCCCACAUCGCCAGCCGCAAAUGGGACAUUCUUCUCUUGGAGGAGACCGAGCCCUACGAGUAUCCGUGGUUGGUCACCGCCAUACAUGAUUCGGGCUCAUUCGCCGACUUGCGGCAUGAUCCGACCGACCCCCGACAACAAAGAGCACUCGAGUCCCUCGAACGCGGCGGAAGGCCUUGA